AUGGUGCGGCUUGCCGCGAAUGUCCAACAAAUGAGAUCCGCCUCGUUGCAGUCGACAAGAAUGCAAGCUGCGCUCCGUGCCCCCACAUGGGGAGUCUCACCAUCGGCUGCACAUCCACGGAGCUGCGUGUGCCACCCGGCUACAUGGUGGACUUCGAUCGCGACGUGGCCGGCGAUCUCUCCGCUUGGUAUCGGUGCCCCAAUGAGAUGGCCUGCCGCGGGGGCCACUUCAAUGCCAGCAGCGUCCCUGGCGAGCGCGCGCAGGAGCUGGUUCCCAUGUGCGAAGAGGGCUAUGCUGGCCCCGGGUGCACGAGCUGCACUGAAGGCCACGCACGUGCAGAUGCAGACAUUCUGUGGUGCAUCCCCUGCGCCAACUGGACCACUUCACCAAAGCAGGCCAGGUGGUGUGGUAUGUCAGCUUCUUUCUCUUGAAGAACCUGGCCCUCUUCGUGUCGGCGGUUGUCAGUGCCGUUGCCUCAGGGUGUAA